AUGGCUCUAUGGAUAGCCCUAUACCUAUCCCUCUUCUUGAUUACCAAACAGGCUAGUGUUGAGUCUGAGCGCACAUGUGAGGUCACAUUAAAUCCGAUGGUUGUCGAUUGCUGGCAUGAUCUGGAUAACACCGAGUAUGACUGUUGGCCAUUAGAUAGCCCUAAUGAUUACAACAUGAUCAACUGUGGAGGGCUGGAGAUGUCGUGGGUGCUGCGGCCACCGGAGAAAGUGACGGACGGGGAGGAGUUCAAUGUCACCUACACCAUCACAGCAUCAGACGACUUCUACGAGUAUGCAGUCAAAAACAAGAUAUUCCAGUUCAGCAACGCCUCCGAAGCCAAAAGGUUCUGUGACAAGCACGACUGUCCCGCAAAUUGGAACAGCGCCAACGAGAUCAACUGUUGCAUUUACCAUGCCAACAUUCACUCCUGCCCUCUGGCUCUCAUGAGGCACGGCGGUAUUUGUGGCCCGUGGAUCCCUGAUGACGGGAAGAUUGUGACACACACCGUGUCCAAAGCAGGAAAGAUGAGCAAGAAGUUCUGGACAUCAAAGGUGGUUCUGAUUCAUGUAGGAGUGACCUCAGUCAUUGCCCAUAUCAAAAUUGGACAUAUGCAUGCAGCUCUGGAGUCCAAGGUGCUGGUCGUCAGUGCUCAAGUGUGUGGGGAUGACGUCUGCGAGCUGGAGGAGAACUGUCUCACGUGCCCGGCGGACUGUGGUGCCUGCCCCAUGUCCAUCACCAUCAAGGUGGCCAUCGGACUGCCCGUCACACUCUUCUUCGGUGGCUUCAUCUUAACCAUGGUGUGGUUCCAGUACCAGAAACAGAAGAUGUUUUGGGACGAAAGCUGGAUUAUCAACUAUAAAAAUAUAAUGUUUGGUAAAGUGUGUUACAUGGGCUUCUGCAGUACGACCAGUCUCCAGCCGGUGAAGAGUAACUCCAGUGUGAGCCGAACUACAGACGUGACUGUCUGCACUGUGGUCAACACCACCUUCAAACAGAGCUUCAUCCAACCUGCCAUUUAUGAUGGAAGGACUGUAGCAGUGAAACACAUCCAGAAUAAACACUUCACCCUCUCCAAAACUAUCAGGAGGGAGGUGAAAGAAGUGAGGGAACUGGAUCACCCAAAUCUCUCCAAGUUUAUUGGUGGUUCCAUUGAGGUCCCCUACGUCAGUAUCAUCACUGAGUACUGCCCCAAAGGAAGCCUGGCUGAUGUCCUCCUGAAUGAGGAUGUGCCAAUCAACUGGGGGUUCAGGUUGUCCUUUGCUACUGACAUAGCCCGUGGAAUGGCUUAUCUCCACCAACACAAGAUGUUUCAUGGCAGACUUCACUCAAGGAAUUGCGUCAUUGACGACCGCUGGGUUUGCAAAAUCUCAGACUAUGGCCUGACAGCCUACAGAAAGGAGGACUUUGAGGUAGUCAGUAAUGGGUUCCACUGUGAGGAUACCUACCGUAUAUACUAUGCCCCUGAGGUCCUCCUGGGAAGCACCUCUAAUGUCACUCCGGCUGCUGACAUUUACAGCUACUCUAUCAUCUUAGUUGAGAUUGCCACUCGCUCUGACCUCCUUUCAGACCAAAUGGAGGGCGUGAAGUUGGAUAUCAUGUGGCGCCCUUCCUUGCCUGAACUGAAAGCUGGGAAAGCGGAUACUGAUUGUCCUGACCGGGGAGAUUACUGUGAGCUGAUCAAGAAGUGCUGGUCUCAAAAUGUCACAUUGAGGCCGACUUUUGAGCAGGUGAAGAAGAUGCUGGAUAAAAUGAACCCACACAAAGUCAGCCCUGUGGACAUGAUGAUGAAUCUGAUGGAAAAGUACAGUAAGCAUUUAGAGGCCAUUGUAGCGGAGAGAACACAGGAUCUUCUCCAAGAGAAACAAAGGACAGACUGUUUGCUAUACAGUAUGUUACCAAAGCCGGUGGCCGAUGACCUUCGUCAGGGUCGCACAGCAGAGGCUCAGAGCUACUCCAACGCCACAGUCUACUUCAGUGACAUUGUGGGUUUCACAGAGCUCUCUGGCUCAAGCACUCCUCACCAGGUGGUGGACUUUCUAAAUCAGCUCUACACCACGUUUGAUGACAUCAUUGAUAAUUAUGAUGUCUACAAGGUGGAGACUAUAGGAGAUGCUUACAUGGUGGUCUCCGGUGUCCCCAAUGAGAAUGGCAUAAACCAUGCGGGAGAGAUCGCCAGCAUGGCUCUGGGUCUCGUCAAUGUUUGCCAUGCCUUUAAAAUCCCACACAAACCCACCACACAGUUGAGGAUACGAGCUGGCAUCCACUCAGGACCCGUAGUUGCCGGUGUCGUGGGAACCAAAAUGCCACGGUAUUGCUUAUUCGGUGAUACAGUGAACACAGCAUCGCGGAUGGAAUCAACAAGCGAAGCCCUGAAGAUUCAGGUCAGUGGAGCCACUGCUGACCUGCUAAACACACUGGGAGGUUACACUCUGAUCUGCCGAGGAUCACUAAAUGUCAAGGGAAAAGGUGAAAUGACGACUUGGUGGCUGGAAGCAAAGAGAGAAGAAUCCUCGGACCCACUCCUCAGAUCCACCGAGUUCAGAGGAGUCCCUGUGCCAGUUAGCAACUAGCCAACUACUAGCCUUCAUAGUCUCUGUCUGCAUAAUAUAUGGACCACAGUUUGUGUUUAACAGCUGUAUUGUGCAAUUGAUAUAAAAUAUAUUUCUAUACUGCCCGAGAGUCUUGGAGCUGUAUUGUGAGUUUGUACAGUGAUUUUAUGUUCUGGCAGUUAUUGUAUUUAUUCAUAUCCAUAUGAUGGAUAUAUACUUGAUAUGUGCACUCAUAUUAUAUAUUGUAAUGGAGAUGGAUGGGGGAGAGGGAAUAAGCACACAAUUAGAUUAGCCAGUGUGGAAUUCAAACCACAAGUCACAUGACUUUUCCUUGAGUCUCUAACAUUGCCGCCAACAAGUCUAAUGACCACCAGAAUCACACCCCAAAUUCCAUAGGAUAUCUGGAAAAUAAUCCAUUACAGAGAUGUAGUCUAAUUGUCCACAUAUUCCAAUAUGAUGAAUUGAAAUGCACAGUGUUGUAUCAUAUAAUAUAUUAUGAUAUUAUCUUUACCUGAUUUGAUUCUAUAUGUAAAAUACUGUAAGCACGUUAUUGUUCUGUAUUGCUAUGUAGUUCCUUUUGUUGGUAGGGAGGUAUAGUGUUUUCUGUUGCAUUUCCCACACACCUCAUUGCUACCAAAAUAAGAAUUAAACUGUGAUCCUUCUGAAUUUCUUCA